UUGAAAGGCUGAGAGCGCUUGCCGGAUUUACACAGCGGCGGCGCGUAAAACUCCUGGCAACAGACAGGGCGUGAAAAUAGCUGGAGGAAUAUGUCCUGAGAGCCCCCGGAAAGCCGCUGCGGACUCAGAAGGGCGAAGCGCGCAGAGCUGCGACCUAGCGGCUUGUAAGACACUAGCAGCUCGAGACUCGACCGCGGUGGGGCAGCCUAGAAGUCGGUUAAGGCUGCCCAAACGAUGAAGCAACGAUGAAGACACAAAUGCUGCGAGUGCUAUUGGCCACAAGCACGAUUCCUUGUGUGACACCAGCAGCCCAAUGCAGCGACAUCCUCUACAGCGGCACCGUCUGGGGUUAUGCUGCCUCCGGCGUCGCCCUUGGCGCCUACACCAACAAUGAGCUUCAGUUCAUCGGUUGUAUCGGCUGUAGUAAUUGUCAUUAUCUCGACUGCGACCCUUCCACUUUCAGCUGCACAGACACUGGUACGGGCAUUACCUUUGGUUCUUCUUCCUCUGAUGAUAGCAGUAACACCAUGCGCUCGUGCCACGGCGUCUCGUCGAUCAACCAAUGCUACUACGAUGGCAGCUGCUGCUCUCAGGGUGGCGGGAUGUGCAAUGCGCCCGACAAGCAGAUUGAUGCCACGGCGCUCUGUCAGCAGCUUGGCUACAAUGACGGCUCCGUGACAACUGUGUCGGAAAAUGGUUGUCCCGAAUCGCAUUGGGACGGUUCCACUUGGACCUCGGAUUUUGUCGGGUCCCACGGACACGGCAAGAUGUACACGUGCGUCAAUGUCCCGACCGCAGCCCCGACCGCGACUCACGCCCCGAGCGCCAUGCCGGCCAACAAGAAGAAACGGAAAGACGACGCCACGCUGGUCAUCGUCAUCAUAGCCUGCGUCGCGGUCUUAGGACUAUGCAUCGUUGGAUUUUGCUGCGAACGCCGCCGCCGUGAGGGCACCAAGUCAAACCUCGAGCCACUGGAGGAACCAGAGGGGCCCACGCCGGCUCCAGAAGAAGAGGCCACCGUCCUCUCUAUCGCCCCGGAAGCUGAGCCGCAAGCCGAACGAGAAGCCGAGGAGCCGCCUCCUCCGCCCGCGAAAAGCUGGUGGUUCGGGCGCGCAGAGCCCGAACCUGAGGAGGCCGAACGGCCGCCUCCGUUGAGUCCAUUCUCUACAUUGCGCGCGGAGCGUGAAAAAGAACUCGCAUUCGAACCCGAAGCUUAAUAUGAAGCUCACGCGCGCCCACGCACCAUCGACAUCGCCGCCGCCGCGACGGUGCUCGCCCCAUGGCGCAAUUCACCCCCCCCAUUCAUUCCCCAUCGGGACCGGCGCAUCCUCUGCGACUAAUUAGGCACGUAUAGG